AUUCAUUUCAAUAUUUUCACUUUGCUUCUCACAUUUGCAAUUUACAGUUACAAAUAAUUCAUAUUUUCAGAGAUAGAAAACUGAAAGAAAUGCCUAAAGAAGAGAAUCCUGUUGCUCUUGAUCUUGGAGAGCCACGCCAAGUGGUUAGGAAGUUCUUGGCCAGGCCUCAACAUGAAGGAGUUGGAGCCAUUGUUAGAAGGAGUAUAGGAAGGUUUGAAUUAAGAUACUUUGAUCCUUUCCUUGUGUUGGAUGAGUUUUCUGUUACGGCUCCAGCUGGUUUUCCCGAUCAUCCACAUAGAGGAUUUGAGACAGUUACAUACAUGUUGCAGGGAGCUGUCACACAUGAAGACUUUGAAGGGCACAAAGGGACAAUAGGUGCGGGUGACUUACAAUGGAUGACUGCAGGAAGAGGGAUUGUUCACUCUGAAAUGCCUGCAGCCCAAGGAACCCAAAAGGGUCUCCAGUUAUGGAUCAACCUCUCCUCUAAACAUAAAAUGAUUGAGCCUAGAUAUCAAGAAAUAUUAAGCAAGGACAUAGCAGAAGCAUCAAAAGAUGGUGUCAAAGUUAGGGUUAUAGCAGGUGAGGCCUUAGGAACUAAAUCACCAAUCUACGCAAGAACUCCCACAAUGUACUUGGAUUUCACCCUCAAGCCAGGAGCUCAUCUUGAGCAACCAAUACCCAUAAAUUGGAAUUCUUUUGUAUAUGUAUUAGAAGGAGAAGGCAUAUUUGGGAAUGUAAAAUCACUGCCAACAUCGGCCCAUCAUCUUCUUCUUCUAGGCAAUGGGGAUGGAUUGGAGGCAUGGAAUAAGUCAUCAAAAACCCUAAGGUUUAUUUUGGUUGGAGGGGAACCCAUAGGUGAGCCAUUAGUACAAUGGGGGCCAUUUGUGAUGAACACCCAAGAAGAGAUUGACCAAACUGUUGAUGAUUUUGAGAAUUACGUUAAUGGGUUUGAGAAGGCCAGGCAUUGGAGAUCUCAAUCUGCUAUCAGCCUUGAUUUUUAGAUUCUGUGACAUAGUUCAAGCAUUUAUUGGUUGAUCUUGGAGUAAGAAUAAAAUAACAUUAUCAGUGUCGAUCUUUACAGUUGUAAAUUAGUUGUCCUUUAUUGAUAUAAAAUAUUUUUUUCGUCUC